GCCAUGGCAACGGACGAUCGACACGUCUAUUGCGAAAACGGUGUUCGGUUUUAAAGGUGGGAAUACCGCGGGAAAGUAUCCAGCCAAUUAUCGAUGACGCGCGGUAUUUUUAUCACACACACUCGCACGCUCACGGGUCGUGACGUCAUGAAUGUCGAUUGCUAAGAGAAAGCUCCCGCUCUGAUAACGUGUUGGCGAGCGCAACAAGUAGCAGGCAAACGGUGUAUUAUUUAUUAUAAUAUUUACAUCUGUCGAAUUCGGCACAAUAACGAAGUUACUGUUUUUUAUUCCAAUAUAUAAUGGUACGAAAUAUUUGGAUCAAUCGCGACAACCGUUUUAAUGGAUCGUUGACCUAUGCGAAACGUUAAUUUAUUAUUGUCCACUAUAGUUCGUCGACGGAUUUACGUUCACACAACUCGAGACGAAGAAAAUCUUUUCGCAUGUUAUUAUGGAUCCCACUUCGUGUUCGACCGUAUCGGACGAACACUUGCAAGACUUUACCAAUUCAACGAUAUCCAUACUCCGGCUGCCGACCCGGGAACGAUUAUCGUGCAUGCUGAACGCCAAGAAAGUCAUUCCGUCGCCCGAAAACAUACCCAGAGAUUGGAGAGGAUUGUGCACACUUUUGAAUUAUACAAUACCAUCAGGAUGUGAUCCAACCGACCCGAUUGGCAAGAUAUUCAAGUUUUGUGAAGCAAAAACAACUAUAGCACAUUUUAUACAGUGUCUACAACGAAUAGACAGGUAUGACGUUGUGGAAGAGACAGAAGAAUUAAUCAUUUCUGAUAUUAAAUAUUGUAAAGAACAAUGUUCUUUAGCAAAUCCAACACCAGUAGUACCUAAUGAUUUCGACAUCAAUAUUAUUACUUUAGAUGAUAUAAAUGCAUCCAACAAUGGUCUUCCUCUUUCGAGAUAUGAUGCUUUUUUACUGUAUGAUAAAGCAGAUAUACAAUCAGCUACUGCUGUAGUAGAAAAAUUAGAAACUGAUUAUAAGCUUAAGCUAUGCUUAAAAGAUCGAGAUUUAAGACCAGGUGUUAUGUUUGAGUAUCAGUCUAUAAUAAAGUUGAUAUCUGAUCGCUGUAAUUGGUUGAUCAUUAUUGUAUCAAAUGAUUUUUCAAAUAGCCCUUGGAAUAGAUUUAUCAUGAAUUAUAUACAAUCGUUAGCCAUUGAACAACGGUUACCUAAAAUUAUCCCAUGCGUUUUUGGUGAUUGUAUAUUACCUCAAGAACUCAAAUGUUAUGUUCACUUAUUUUUUAAUAAAAAAAAUCCUUUUUGUGACCCGUGGAACAAAUUAAGAAUUACUGUAUCACCUUAUAAGAAUCUAGCAUUGACCAACAGUGUGGAGAUAAGUAACAGUUACCAGAAACUGAAAAUUGAAGAACACACAAAUCCUAGUACUACAAUUGUUGAAAGAAAUGAAGUGAUACAUUUUUCUAGUGAAGAACAUGAUUUGAUGCCUAAAACUAAAAAUGUUUUUGAUAGAUUUGUAAAAACUGUUGGAAAUAUUUCUAUUAAAGUUGUUCCUCAAAAAUGGAGUAAAAAAAAUAAAAAAAAAGUAAAAUGUACUAGUCUUUAACUCAGUUUUCUUGUUGUUUAUACUUAUUAGCAAUUUUCAUUAUUAAACAUGUUUUAGUUGUUAUUUUUUUUUUUUAUAGAAUUUUACCAUCUAACCUUUGUUAUGUUUUUAUGUUUUAAUAUUUUAUAUAAAUGAUUAAUCAAUUGUAAUCAAAUAUUUAAUUUUUAUAUAUUUUUUUAUUAUAAAAGUAUUUUUUAUAUCCCA